AUGGGUCUUCAGGACGCAUGGAAAAUCCGCCAUUUGGACGAUGAACCUCUAUAUUGCGAGGCGCCUCACGACGAGGCCGAUAUCCUGUAUGCAGGAUCCGAUGACGAACACUACGACAGCCCCGACGCCAGGAAGCUCCGGAUCGAACAGGCUGCGAUCCGCUUUCUCCAAGGCCAUACACCAGUCCUGCUCACCACAGUUCUCAGAGGUCCGUUCGAAGGGCCGGACUCAAAAGGGUGGGUGAAUCCAUGGCAAUCCAGAAAGAGAAAGGCGCCAGCGGCAUCCACUCCAGGACCUUCACCAGCUCCGGUGCCAGAACCCACAACAGACUUUGAACUACCCAGCACCGAAGCCCUGGAGACAAGAAGCACGACAUCCUGCCACUUGCCAAGUCCGCGGAGCCUCGAUCAAGUCGACGUCACCCCGCAUGCGUUCUUGGAGGACGAAGAGGUUGAACGAGUCGAAUCAUGGAGGAGUAAUACGCAGUCUGCAAGCAAUAUUCAGGACGAAGCUUGGUCGUUUGACGCCUCUCUUUCGCAAUCUCAGCGUCAACAUCGACGGAAACGACGGCCGGCGGGGUCAGAGUGGCUCAAGAGAGAUGACAAAAAACGUAGAAAGACCAACGAUGAUGCACACAAUACUAGAAGUGCCUUAGUUCCUGUCCGCCGCAGCACUCGAAGUCCACGCCGCCAUCUGUCAGACUCAAAGUCCCAGUCGCAGCAAAAUCAAGAGGAUGAUAUCGCGGAGGACGAUACAGCAAGCUUGGAGGGCUCCGAGAUCGGCUCCGAAUUGCCCCUCAAAGCUUUGCAAGCGGUCUCAACCCGAAUUUCUCACAAAAUGUCGCCACAUGUCAUCGAUAAGCGUGUAGAUGCUUCCCAGGAGAUGCCGGCACCGUUGAGCACACCCGUUCAGACUCCACAGUCUUCCAGGAAAUCAAAGAUGACCCCCAAAAACACCACAAAAGAAUCCGGACCUCGCAGCAGUAAUAUGUCCAUGAUCCAUCAAAAAGUUGGCGGUGAUGUCGAGGUCAAGAGUGAAUUCGAGACCCAACAAGACGAGAGCUUCAUGUUUCGCGCGAGGCCCCGGAGCCACGCUCUGAAUAUUGAAGACCUCAGCCCUAUACGGAGGAUGUCUUUCGGUCGGGCUUCCUCGCCUGCGUCUACAGUUUCCUCUGAGAUGGACUCUCACUGCGAGAUCAUGGACCUGGACGGGGAUACCUGCAUGGCUGACGACACCAAAGCGACCUCGCCUGAAUCGAGUGCAGAAAGCAAGGGAGACCACGAAGAAGCGCUGGAGAACGACGCGGAAGCGGCGACGGAGCAUGAACCCGAGAGUGGAUUGCAGACCGAUGAAUCGCAACCCGAAGUUUCGGGAGAGUCCUCGGUCCCUGCCCUCGUCGCGAAUGCUUCCAAUGCUGCAGCUCCUACAGACGUUGAAGAGCCGCAAAACACGGAAAGGACCAAGCAGGAAUUUGUGGUUGAACCAGUAAUUGACAGGUCGAGCCAAGAAUCGGCGGUCGUUUCGCACUCUGCAUCCCUAGAGGAGCAGGACAAAGAUUCAACCAACGCUAUAGGCCGGAUCCCAUUGUCGUCGAUAUCAACGAACCAACAUUUGCAGUUGGCCCAGCCCAUAACGCAGCCUCAGGCUCCGCAUGACAACGCCAUAUCGAUGACAUUCUCUCAAAGCCCUUGGUCUAAGUUGAGCCAGGUGACUACGAACAGUCCUUGUUCAGUCAGUAAAACUGGCGAAGCACACCAACAAUCCGGCAACGUUGAAUCCUGUCUUAGGAGAGGAUCUGUAAGCCAAGCUACCCCAGCAACAUCUCCAACGGCAGGGGAUCCUACUACGAGCACUACGGAACACGAACCUAGUUACCAACAUAAGGAUACGCCAUUACGUUCCCAAGACUAUUUGAGGGUUGAGGAGAUACUCAGUCAGCAUGAUAGUCCUGCUGUACCCACCUCUCAACAGACUCCAUGGAAGAUGGACAUGCCAGCCAUGAGUCCGCUUAAGCACCCGCAGCCCCUCCCAGAAGACGAUGACCAGAGCUUUUUGCGUCCCGAGUGUCAAAGUCCUUGGGCCCCGAGCCUCGAAAUGAUGUCAAAGGCCGCACCAGAGAUCGUCAAGUCUGCUUUUUUCAAUGCUGCAAGGCCAGUCUCGCCGUCUUCUCUUUCGCCGUCGAUUUUUACGAUACCAUUUACGCCUGCCGACAAACGUGUCUCUGAAGCUCAACAACCCUUCGAUGCCGAGGCCGCGACGUCAAGCUCGCCCGAGCCUAUCUUUCCAAUCAAGUCGUUCAAAAACUUCAUGUCUCCCUCGCCCGAGAGACCUCGGCGCCGGCCAAACAUGAUCUCUUUGAGCGACGGUAACCUUCCCAGCACUCAGAACCUCAUCGCCGCCACGACCGAUAACCCCUGGCACAGCGUGCCCAAGUCUUCUAAACGAGUCAGAUGGGCACCGUUACUCCACGAAGACGAUGGCGAGGAGGGCGGGUGCCCUCAGACGCCCACAGGGCCCAAAGCCUCUUCUCCUCCGCCAGAGAUGGCAGUGGUCGACCUACCAACUGGCAACAAGGACCAAUUCCAGAGGCAUUUCCGUGUCGUCUCGCAACGCAAGAACCUUCGCCAUCACCUCCUGCCGUCUGCGUCUCAGCAGAUGCUGAAAAGCCCAUCUCCCAUGGCCAUGGCAGAGGCCUUUGUCGCAGCAGACUCCUUCAGAGCACCUCAAGGUCCUGACGCUGUCGUAUCUGUUGAUACGACACCGGUGACGAACAAUGCAGAGAGCCAGGAAUCCGCGAUGGACGACGUGGACGACGUUCUGAGGAACCUGAAUGAGUUUAUUGAGAUGGUCGACAUCGAAACUGAUCUGGCGCGGGCCAAAGAUGAAGAGCAGGAGAACAAGAGGCGACGGCAGCAGCAAAGCCAGAGUCUUCGAGGGGCUUUUGCCAAUGGGCUCAACCUCGACGGGAUGAUGGAUGCAGGAGUGUGGAAUUAA